UCCUCCUUCUUCAACUACUAUUAUUCUCCAUUUUGUCCUCUUCACACAAUGCCAACGGUGCGGGAGCAAGAUGACGUCGACCAUGUUGUCUGCUGCAAACACGGAAAGCCUUGUCAACUCUCAGUGCAACGAGUUCCAAAGUCUGCACGUGGUCAAGAAGUCCCAAGAUCGCCAGAUGUUGGUCGUUGUGGUGGUGGCAGACGCAAACAGCAGCAGAAGUACCAUCAGCAGUCGGAUAAUAACUCGUCCAUCACCGACUUAAGGGGGGCAACUCAAGGCAGUAUUAGCAGCUCGUCGACCAACUAUGAGAACAUCCCGGCUGGGGGAUUGCCGAAUGAGGCGACUGCUGUUGACAUUGGCAGUGGUGGUGGCGGUUCUGCAAUUACUAGCGAGACGGAAAUCACUGAAGAUGAAAGCAAUCCUGCGACUGAUGAACGCCCUCCAAGCCUGGACUUGUUUCGCCAGAGAUUUGAAGAGGAACAACUGUAUGAGGACAUCCACCACGUGGGGAUGCAUCGAUGUGGACAUGCUGCAAAGAAGGCUGCCAAGAAGCCAGGCGAAGGUCAAAAGGAAGCUGGGAAAACCAAAUCGAGCGAAAAGUCACUUGAUAGGCCGGUUGCUCCUUCUGCUGCGGGUGUUGCUGUUCCAAUGUCAACUGCUGAUGUCAAACGCAUUCCUACAGCGGACAUGACCAAAAGCAGGGACCUUGUCAACCCUAAGGAGAAGCUGACUGAGUUCUAUGCAGGACCGUGCACACCGAGUGAAGCUGAGCGUCAAUGUAAAGCUGCUGGCAUGUUCCGUCUCUACCAUCGAAUUGUGGUUGUCGAUGAGGAUCAGCUGCAAAGUGUUCUGCCGUUGUUCAUUGUCUACAGAAAUCUGAAGGGGAAAUACUGUCAUGUCCGAAUUGUGCGCUGCGGGAAGGACCUCAUAAAGAUUGAUAUUGAAGGAGAGCCCAAAUUCCGAACGCUUAGCCAGCUAAUCACCUUCUACGACAUCUACGCGAAAUUCGAAGACGAUAUGAACCCGUUCCCGCGUAAAGGUGGCGAGUCUGUGGAUGAUGUCAACUAA